UAGUCAACGGAUACACUUGUGUAUUUGUUUUCUUAUUUAAUUAAUUAAAAAUAUCUUGUUUAUUUACAUUUAUUCCAACACUUUUGUUACUAAAAGUAUACUUACUUCAUUAUCUACCAAAGUACAUAAAAGAUACUGGCCUAUGCACUAUAAAUAAUCAGUUAACACAAUCCACUGCUGACACUUCAAAAACGAUCACAACAUGAAGAAGAGGACAAACAGCAAGCCCACACAGGCAUCACCCGACCCCGUGGCUGCCAUCAACAAGUUGGAGGCCAAGAUGAGCCAGGGGCUGGCCGCCUUUGAUGCUCGCCUGGCUGCCACCAGCACCACCACUCCCAGCUUGGAUCAGCUGGCUGCAGACUUCCGGAGCUUCAGGGAGUGCAUGCUCCAAGCACUCAAUGUCCUGCGGAUGCAGAUUUCGGCAGUUGCCCAGGUCUCCGAUGAUCUCGACAACCAGGGGCGACGCAAGUUCCUGCUCUUCCGUGGUGUUAGUGAAUCCCCUGAUGAAGGGAUCUCCACUGUGGUGACGGCUAUGUGUGUCGAGAAACUGGGUCUCAGUGACUUCAAGCAGUCCCAGAUUAAACAGUGCUUCCGACUUCAGAGUGGCUCUCCUACAGCCACAGACCGACCACGUCCCAUUCUGGUCAGGUUUAGUGAUAGGGCUACUCGGGCACUUGUGUGGGACAAUAAAAAGGUGCUCAAAGGCACACCGGUCUCUGUCUGCGAGUUCCUGACGGCCAGAAGACGUGACAUCUUCCUAGAAGCCCGUCGCCGGUUCGGAAUGAGGUAUUGCUGGACUCAGGACGGCAAUGUCUUCCUCAAGUCUCCGGACGGUGGCCACAAGAUCCGUCUCAAUUCCAGACAGGACCUCGACGCGAUACCGGUGCCCGCCCAGACCCCGGCGCCCACACAGACCCAGGCAGACGGAGCAUCUCGACCAGCACUGGACCGGGCUGCAAAAAAGGCCAAAUUAGUCGGUACUGCCAACAAAUAAGUGUGAGAACUCUUUAUUGUUUAACCGAUAAAUUGCUUACCAACCUAAUUUCAUUCUCGUACACAAAGUUGUAGUCAUAAGCUGCAUAACAUGAGUCCAAAAGUCCAAACUGUCCACCUCAUAGGUAGUUGUAUAGUACUUGUUAUAUCUUGAGUUUUAUUAAUAAUAUUUCACUUUCGAAAUUACCUACCCUCAGUAGUCUAUUUUGUUUUGCUACGACUUUUCUUUAUCUUUUGUAUUUUUAUGUGGACAUGUGGUGUGAUUUUUGACAUAGACAGUUUGUGACAGUGACAUUGACAGACUUAAGUCACGUGAUAAUCGCAUAAUGUUGCCACAACUUAAAAAAUAUUUUGUCUUACCUUUUUAUUCUGUGUUCUAUAAAUAAGUUAGUUAAUGUUCCGAGGAAUUAUGUUUGUGUUGCAGGAUCUCUUCUCAUCACAGUGUGCCGGCGGUGGAUGUGGACAAAGUGUGUUUAGGUUUCAGUAAAUAGUUUAAUAGCCAUAGUAUAUAGCAAUUAUAUAAUAUAUAGUAUAAUUAUCUUUUCUAGUAUAUAUAAUAUUAUUUAUUUAUUUAUAUUCGUCAUCGUCACACAAUACUUCUACCUGUAGCGUAUGGAUUUAUCGAUUGACUCUGAUUUGUUUUACUCUUUGGACUCGAUUGAUAACCUUUCAGAUGCAUCUAGUGACUGCGUUCAUCUCAGUGAUCUGCUUCACAACACUUUUUCUCCAUUCCCUAAGAAUCUGAAUCUAUGCCACAUUAACGCUCAAAGCAUUCCUUCCCAUUAUUCCGAACUUCUCUCAACUUUCACCAGU